CCUGUACUCGGUAGGCGGUUGUCAGGACACCAUGAUGGGAUUUCCUCUGUCGACCGAUGGACGCUGGUGUCUGUGGACCCUGAAAAGGCACUGACUUGACAUUUCCAAAUCUACACGCAAAAUUCACCAUGGAAACCUCCCCAAGUACGACCAAACGCAAAAAGGAUGUCAUCCAAUCAGAAUGCCCAAUUCCAGAGGAAGCAGAGCUUGGCCUUGGAAACACAGAUCCCAAUGCCAACUGGGGGGCGGAACCUAACUUCAACCUCAACCUCACUCUAACGUCACCAAGCAACCCCCGCCCAGCCAUCGGGACAUCAAAGCUGCAUGGAGGGAACAAAAAGGAUGAUAGGAAUAAAGGAGCAGUUACUAUGGAAACUGGCAAGUCGGCAUAUACCCUGACAACCCCUGUGAUGUCACCAGUGGAAAAAGAUGAUCCAACGCGUCAGAAAAGCAAAAUUCCAGCUUUGUCCCGGUCACCAACAGCUGAGGCGUCAGUGAACAGCAGAGGUGAGCAAAGGCUUAAAUCCCCAAACUCCAAACAUACUCCAACACUCAGCCCCAAGACGCACACGCACAGCAACAUGGCGGCAAGUCCAAAAUCCCACGGGAUGGAGCAAACAACCAUCGCUAGCAGCCCCAGAACGACCGAAAGAGUCAAAACACAAGAACAGAGAGCGGAACCUGCAAGCAUCUUAAACUCCAAACCACAUGUUGCACUGACAACUGGACCGACAACAAAGACUUCAAACAAAACGACAAUUAGCCCAAAACUGCAAACACACGGAAAAGCAAUAAGCUUCGAGACACAGUCGCCAAAAACGCUACACCUUCCCAUAAGCAUGAAUGUCCACAAUCCGAAAGGGGAAUUAGAUGUUAUCAGCCCAAAACUUGCCAAUCGAACCCCAACACUGACAACCAAAACCCAAAAACUUGACACAGCUAGCACCAGACAUGACUCAAGAACUCAGGGUUCUGAGACGGCCCCUGUAGGACCAAAGUCCCCAAAUCAGAGGGGUGAAAUGGCACAGCUCAACACCAAGACUUCUCAACUGAGUUCUCGAAGUCCCAAACCAUCCACACAGAGGAAAGCUUCUGGAACCAGAAACAAAAACGCUUCAGGGUCAAAGGAGAAUCUUGAUGGUCAAGAUUUAAGUGUUGGUUCUGGAUCCAAAGACAGUUCAAAUUCUAAAGCUACUACAGUGACUACAGACAGUCUGGAUUCUAAAACUGGCUUGAAUUCCAAAACAGCAAUGGGGUCCAAAGAUAGCCUGGAUUCUAAAAGUGGUUCUGCUUCCAAAACCAGUUGGGGAUCAAAGGACAGCUUAGACUCCAAAACUGGCUCCAACUCCAAAGCCAGUCCCAGUUGUAGGUCUGGGAUGGGUUCCAGAGAUAGCCUUGAUUCUAAAACUGCAAUUGAAAUCAAAGCAGACAAAACCAGCCCUGAUUCUAAGACGUUUGGGGGUUCUAAAUCUGGCAUGGGGUCAAAGGAUAACCUUGAUCCUAAAACUCAGACUCCUUCAGACUCUAAAGGCAGUUUCAAUCUCAAAACCAGUCCAAAUUUAAAACCAAGCUCUGAGUUUAAUCUCAGCACUAAUUCUGAUGUCCUUUCCAGUUCUAAACCUGCUCCAAACCGUUCGACUUCUAAACCUUCUCUGGUGGCCUCUGGCUCUAAGAUGGACAGUGUUGGAUCUAUCUCCCCAUUGUCCUCCAGAACUGGUCCAGCUGGGUCCAAAUACAACCACCUCAAGGCUGCAAGCUCCAGUGCUAAAUCAAGUCCAGAACCUAAAGCUGGUGCAAAUUCUUAUAAGCCUGGAGAAGUUCGGUCUAGCUCAAAGUCACCUCUGGCAGAUUUGUCUCCCUCCUCAAUGCUCUCACCUACAUCAAGUUCAACAAGUAAGAGUCCUGGCAAAAGUCUUGCUUCUAGCCCAGCUGGGCCAAACAAGGAGGUCCAGAGGAGUCCUGCUUCAGCUCCAGGUAAUACAUCGCAUUUUUUGACAUUCAAAAUGUAUCUUUAAAAAACC